AUGAACGUAGAGAAAAUAAAUGACAUAUUUGAUGAGAUAAAAGGGAGGAACGGAAACAGAACAAAGAACAACGAUAGGACAUUACAUACAUUACCAGAGGACAAAAGGAGCCAGAAGAAGCACAAACGAUAUGCUCAAAUAGCUGCUGAAAUAGGAACAAGUUUAUGUUUGAAUCUUUCCCUCUCUGCCAACACCAUGAAUCUGGUUGAUUUGCAGGCCGCAGAUAAACCACAACCAACUGUGAUGUACGAGGCUAAGGCAAAAACAUACGAACCAUGCGCAGCCACAAGUUGGAGUGCUUUCCCAGCGGGCAGUACGGUGCCCAAUUUAAAAGGCUGGGAGAGAGACAAGCGUGAAACAGUAAAAAGCAGACACAAGAGGGGAUGUGGAGGUGGGGAGGUGAAAUUGACGCACACCGCAACAAUAGCGGUGACCAGGGCGCUGAUUGGCCAGCACAAUAUCGUCAUUACUGGCGGGAGAGGGCCCAUUGAAGCCCGCGGGCACAUAUUAAAAAUAUCUUGUCUCAGCAGGAGUCAUCGAUCCACCCUCGGCUGCCCCUGA